UUAGAAAUCUGAAGUGAACAAGAAGGUAUGAUGUCUUCAGCAUGGUCUGAAUAUACAAUUGGUGGGGUGAAGAUUAACUUUCCUUGUAAAGCUUAUCCAUCUCAGCUUGCUAUGAUGAAUUCUAUUGUCAGAGGAUUAAACAGUAAGCAACAUUGUUUGCUGGAAAGCCCUACAGGAAGUGGGAAAAGCUUAGCUUUACUUUGUUCUGCUUUAGCAUGGCAGCAAUCUCUUAGUGGAAAGCCAGUGGAUGAAAGCUUAAAUAAAAAAGCUGAGGUACCAUUGUCAUGUUGUUGUAAAUGCCAUUCAAAGAAUUCUACAAACAAUGACACAAACCAAGGAACUUCGCGUCAUUUCAGUAGUCCAAGUACACCACCUUCUGAAAGAAGUGGCACUUCAUCACCUUGUCGAGACUCUCCUGAAAAAACUACGCUGGCUGCAGAGUUAUCUGCCAAGAAACAGGCAUCCCUAUACAGAGAUGAAAACGAUGAUUUUCAAGUAGAGAAGAAACGAAUUCGAUCCUUAGAAACUACACAGGAGAUUAGAAAACGUCAUUGUUUUGAAAAGGAAGUGCACCGUUUGGAUACAAAAGUUGCUUCAGGAAAGACCACAAAACUCAACUCUCCAUUAAGAAAGAUAAACUCCUUUUCUCCACAAAAUCUCUCUGGCCCCUGUUGUAGGUGCUGUUGUUCUGCUAAACAAGGAAACAGUCAAGAUUCUUCAAAUGCCAUUAAGAAGGAUCAUGGGGGGAAAUCCAAGAUACCAAAAAUAUAUUUUGGGACACGUACACACAAGCAGAUUGCUCAAAUUACUAGAGAGCUCCGGAGGACAGCGUACUCGGGGGUCCCAAUGACUAUUCUUUCCAGCAGGGAUCAUACUUGUGUCCAUCCUGAAGUAGUAGGUAACUUCAACAGAAAUGAAAAGUGCAUGGAAUUGCUGGAUGGAAAAAAUGGCAAAUCCUGCUAUUUUUAUCAUGGUGUUCAUAAAAUUAGUGAUCAACACACAUUACAGACUUUCCAAGGAAUGUGCAAGGCCUGGGAUAUAGAAGAACUCGUCAGCUUGGGGAAAAAACUGAAGGCAUGUCCGUAUUACACAGCACGAGAACUAAUAGAAGAUGCUGACAUAAUAUUUUGUCCCUACAACUACCUUCUAGAUGCACAAAUAAGGGAAAGUAUGGAUAUCAACCUGAAAGAACAAGUUGUCAUUUUAGAUGAAGCUCAUAACAUCGAGGACUGUGCUCGGGAAUCAGCAAGUUACAGUUUAACAGAAGUUCAACUUCGGUUUGCUCGAGAUGAACUAGAUAGUAUGGUUAACAAUAACAUAAGGAAGAAAGACCAUGAACCUCUACAAGCUGUGUGCUACAGUCUCAUUAAUUGGUUAGAAGCAAACUCUGAACAUCUUGUGGAACGGGAUUAUGAAUCAUCCUGUAAAAUAUGGAGUGGAAGUGAAAUGCUCUUACAUUUACACAAAAUGGGCAUCACCACUGCUACUUUUCCCAUUUUGCAAGGACAUUUUUCUGCUGUCCUUCAAAAAGAAGAAAAAGUUUUAUCGAUUCAUGGUAAAGAGGAGGCAAGAGAAGUACCUAUUAUUAGUGCUUCAACUCAAAUAAUGCUCAAAGGACUUUUUAUGGUGCUUGACUAUCUUUUUAGGCAAAAUAGCAGGUUUGCAGAUGAUUAUAAAGUUGCUAUUCAACAGACUUAUUGUUGGAUAAAUUACACUGAUAUUUCAGAUAAAAAUGGGCUCUUUACUCCACCAAAAAAUAAGAAACGUUUACGACAGAAAACUGCAGUUCAUGUGCUAAACUUUUGGUGCUUAAAUCCAGCUGUGGCCUUUUCAGAUAUUAAUGGCAAAGUGUGGACGAUUGUUUUGACAUCUGGGACAUUAUCACCAAUGAAAUCUUUUUCAUCAGAACUUGGUGUUACAUUUACUAUCCAACUGGAAGCUAAUCAUGUCAUUAAUAACUCACAGGUUUGGGUUGGCACCAUUGGGUCAGGCCCCAAGGGUCGGAAUCUCUGUGCUACUUUCCAGCACACAGAAACAUUUGAGUUCCAGGAUGAAGUGGGAGCACUUUUGUUAUCUGUGUGCCAGACUGUGAGCCAAGGAAUUUUGUGUUUCUUGCCAUCUUACAAGGGAGAAGCCAGGAGUUGGAAGUUUUCUCCUAGUUGCACCAUGCUGAGUUGUGGGGGAGGGACUAAGUUAUUAGAAAAGUUAAAAGAUCGUUGGCUCUCCACUGGUUUAUGGCACAAUCUGGAGUUGGUGAAAACAGUCAUUGUAGAACCACAGGGAGGAGAAAAAACUGAUUUUGAUGAAUUACUACAGGUGUACUAUGAUGCGAUCAAGUGCAAAGGAGAGAAAGAUGGAGCCCUCCUGGUAGCAGUUUGUCGUGGUAAAGUGAGUGAGGGUCUUGAUUUCUCAGAUGACAAUGCCCGUGCUGUCAUAACAAUAGGAAUUCCUUUUCCAAAUGUGAAGGAUCUUCAGGUUGAACUAAAGCGCCAGUAUAAUGACCAGCAUUCAAAAUUGAGAGGUCUUUUACCUGGUCGUCAAUGGUAUGAAAUUCAAGCAUACAGGGCCUUAAACCAGGCCCUAGGUAGAUGUAUUCGACACAAACAUGAUUGGGGAGCUCUUAUUCUAGUGGAUGACCGCUUCAGGAGUAACCCAGGUCGAUAUAUAUCUGGACUUUCUAAAUGGGUACGGCAGCAAAUUCAGCACCAUUCAACCUUUGAAAGUGCGCUGGAGUCCUUGGCUGAAUUUUCCAAAAAGCACCAAAAGGUCAUUGGUAUAUCCACAGACAACAGAAAGUCUGUGCAAGACAGCGAGUCUACACUUGAAGUGGCUUGUUUGAAGGACAGUACCUCAACUUACUUACUAGAAGCAGCAAGUCAUCUAGCACCAGAAAAUUCUAGGGAAGAUGAUCCAGUAUUAUUGAAAGAGUCUGGCCAGGCAAUGCAAGCAGAAAACAUUGUGAUUUCCCGAUCCUCAAGCCCAACCUUCAACAAACAAACAAACAGAGUUAGCUGGUCUGUUUUUAAUUCUUUGGGACAGUGUCUUACUGGUAAAAAUCUGACUACAACACCUAAGUUUAGGUCAUCAGAGGACUGUGUCUCUAGUUCUAACACUUUCAAAGCAGAAAAGGUCUGUACAACUGUUUUGCCACUCACUGAUAAAUUUGAGUCUUCAUCUCUAAGUGUAAACACAUCAUUUGAACCAUGCCCUCAGUCAGAAACUGUUAUUCCCUCAAUAAAAAUUGAAACUGCUCUUCUUAAAAAGGAUCAUUCCAAACAGCUUUUCUGCUGCGAAGCAGCCCUGGAUCCAGACAUUGAAUUGUCUCUAGUAAGUGAAGAAGAUACACUUUCUACUGCAAAUAGAGAUUUUGAAACAGAAGCAGAAGAUGAAUCUGUCUAUUUUACACCUGAACUUUAUGAUCCUGUAGAUAUAAAUGAAGAAAAAAAUGAAGUAGUUGAAACUGAUAGAGACACUAAAUUGGCUAAUAAUUCAAAAUGUAUUUUAGCUGAAGAUCUUUUUGAAAUUAGGACUACGAAAGAAGUAGAUUCAGUCAGGAAAAUGAAAGCCGAGGAUUGCCCAGACACAAAGUUCAGUAGACUCAUGCGUAUUGAAGAAAGUAAAGUUGAUGACAUUGGUAGUAAUAUUAAAACAACUAAUAUAAAUGAAUUGAAACUAGGAAAAACUUGUUAAAUGGAUAUAAAGAACUUUAAACAAUCUCCUUCCAAAAAUA